CAAGCACACUUUCACUUGAGCUUGUCUUUGAGAAUGCUGCAGAAGUAUCCGCCUCAGGCCAUCGUUGGCUGUAGCGCUCAGUUCCAAUAGAGCCUUGGCAGCUGGUUCCGUCUCGACCAAGGCGCAGCGCCGCAGGCUGUCCUGAUGGAGGCUGCAGUGUUUCCCAUGAUGGACCUCUUUGGGAAUGCAAGCGAUUCUGAUGGUGAUGGUGGUGGUGGUGCACAUGCCAAUGGGGAAGAAAGUGGUGCUACGCAGAACCAACAGUACGUUGAGAAUGAGCACCAGUUCCCUGGAGUGUCACUCAUCAUCCGCGAGUUCGACUUCCACCCUGUGAACGCCAACUUGGUAUGGCCAGGAACGGCCUCCUUUGCCGAGUGGCUGGUGGAGAACCGGACGCUUGUCGAGGGAAAGAAGGUCUUGGAAAUUGGCAGUGGUACGGGUAUCCUGGCAAUCUUCCUGGCGAAAGCCCUGCGGUGCAGAGUGACGACCAGCGACUACGACGAUGCAGAGAUCGAAGAGAACAUUGCGUACAACUUUCGAAGGAACGGCCUCGACCCUCCUCCCCACCUCAGACACACCUGGGGGACUCCACUGGAGGCGAACAGUCAUACGUGGGACGUGCUUGUGGCGAGUGAUAUUCUUCUGUACGUCAAACAGUACGAGAAUCUCAUCGACACGCUCAAGUAUCUUCUUACCAAUGGGGCAAGGGAGGAGGGAGCGGCCUCAGUGUUAAACGGCAGGCAGCUUACAGCCUCAGGGGAAUCGAGUGACAUCGUCCCGAACGACCAGCCGCAGAUUAGUGGGAAGGAAAACGUAGCGGAAGAAGCUGACCCUAAGAGGCUUGCGCGCCCUUAUUUCCUGAUGAGCUGGCGGAGGAGAAUACCGAAAGCGGACGAAGCUAAGUUUUUCGAGGGCUGCAGGACCGCUGGGCUCUUUGUAACCGACGUAGGACCCCGAAUAUACUGCAUCACAGCUCAGUGCUGGCAACGUUGAGGUCCCUUUCAGAUCCUGUUGGAUGCGCUCGUUUGACAAUUUGACCAAACUAUGCAGCAGGCCCGGCCUUCCCACAUGGACGACUAUACGCGGGCUACGAUAGAUCAAGCGAUAACAACGGCUGUAAGAUGUGAUCAGCAGAAUGAUCUUGAAUUGCGAGAGCGGUCUUGGGCUUGCGAGUGCAGGACCCAUGGGCAUGACACGACGGUGCAGGCAGGCCAGUCCGAAAUUGAAUCGUGAAUACUUGGGCGCA